AUGUCCUUCGCAUCAUACCCCCCGCCACCCUACAAAUUCGAACGCCUCGACAAAGACAAGGCCAUCCUCCUGAUCGUGGACCACCAGCUCGGCCUCCUCCAGCUGGUAAAGGACUACACGACGGCCGAGUUCCGCAACAACGUCCUCGCCCACGCCGAGCUGGGCAAGCUCUUCGACCUGCCCACCAUCCUGACGACGUCGGCGGAGAACGGGCCCAACGGGCCCCUCCCCAAGGAAAUCACCGACAUGUACCCUCACGCCCCCUUUAUCCGGCGCAACGGCGAAGUCAACGCCUGGGACAACCCGGAGUUUCGCGCGGCCGUGGAGGCCACGGGUCGUAAGCAGGUCAUUCUGGGUGGCAUCGUGACCGAGGUGUGCACCAUGUUUUUGGCCCUCAGCUUGCGCGAGGCCGGGUAUAGCGUGUGGGCGAACACGGAGGCCAGCGGGACGGCCACUCCGAAACUGGCCGAGGAUGCGAACCGGCGGAUGGAGAACGCGGGCGUUCAUUUGACCGGCUUGUUUGGCGUGGCCAUGUUCUUGAUGAAAGACUGGAGGAACACGCCCGGCACGGCAGAGGUGCUGCCCUUCUUGGACAAGUAUUUCCCGGCGUAUGGCAUCGUGGCCCGAAGUCACGGCUCGGCAAAGAAAUCCGGCGAGAUUGUCCCGGGAGAGGAACAGUUACUGGGAUAA